AUGCAGCCCCGUUCGGCGUCGAGAGGCAGCCAGUACAUCCGCGGCACUCGCCCCAGAGACCGCCAGCAGCAGCUCCAGCAACUCCCGCCCUUGCAUACCAAACAACACCAACAACACCCCCAGGACGGAUACGAUGGCAAGAGAUACUACAGUCCGCAGCAGCAGCAGCAGCAGCAGCAGUACCAGGCGUAUCCGGGCCCUGCAUCUGCGUCUCCAGACGUGCCCGAGGACGAGGAGCCCGUCUACUUGCCCUCCAUCGGCAACUUCCAGUCGCUGCACUCGCUGGUCAACAACCUCCCGCAGUUCGAUACCACCAACACCACCACAACUACAACUGCAUCGCCAACAUCAACAGCUGCAGCAUCAACAUCGACAAACCCCUGGGCCGAGAGCUUCUCCUUUCCAAACGGCCGGCCGCUUGCCUCUCGCACCCGACACCUGAAUCCCGUUGACAGACCCUUUUCCGUCGCGGUAGGCGGACACCCCCAGCAGCCCCAGCCCCAGCUCCAGCUCCAGUCCCAGUCCGCCGCCGCCUCCUAUGCUCCGGCUCCCCGGUCCACCGCUGCAAGGCCCAUGUCCACCGCGGCCGCCAGGAACGAGCCCUACCGUCAUGCAUACUCGGCCUCCUCGGUGCCGCUGGCAGCUUCGGCUUCGGCGGCCUCCUCCUCCUCCUCGGACGCGGCCUCCAUCGAGAGACAGGCCUACCAGGCUGUCUCCGCCGUCAGGCGCUCCCCUGGAUCGCUGCUCAGAAAGGAGUCCUACCAUGCAGCAUACCCUGCAGCUGGCCCUGCCCCUGUUACUACUACUUCGACUGCUGCUGUCACUUCGACGGCUACGUCGGCCUCUGGGUCGUCUUCAAGCUCGUCCAGUCUGACCUCCGUCCAUCAGAUUCCACAGCCAACCAGGAGGCCUCCCCCUGUCCCUGUCCAGGCGCCGGCGUCAACACAGAUACCCUCGUACCAUGCAUACUCCGGUACCAGUCUCGCUGCAUCAAACAGUUCGUCCAGCUUGGACAAACAGGGCCAGCCAACUGCUUCUUCUACUUCUACCACUUCUACUACAUCUUCUACUGCUUCUACUGCUGCUGCAAGGCCCAUGUCUGCUGCUCCAGGUGCACCCAAGACAUAUCACGCUUACUCGGCCAACCCGUCUGCCUCAGCCAGUACCUCCAGUCUCCCUCAAGCUGAUACCGCAGCCUCUACUCGCAGAACUCUUCCCUCUGCCGUCAGAAGCCACUCUUACUACGGCACUGGCUCUCCCGCUGCUCCUCCUGCUGCUCCUCCUGCUGCCGGCGUUGCUACAAACCCAAUGGCUUCAUCAAGCACCUCCAGCCUCGACCGCCAGGUUCGUCAAUCCACCGCCCACAGAUCCGCCUCAGUUGCUGCUGCUAGGCCCCGUCCCACUACCUCUGGUUCUGCAGCUGUAGCAAGACGGGCUACCUCCAACGCAGCCGCAAUGCCCCGGCCAGCGUCAGCAGUAGCUGUCAGGUCACAAUCCUACAACACCCCAAGCGGCACCCCAGCAGCCUCAGACAUGGCCCGUCGAAACACCGUGGUCUUCGACUCCGACCUCACCAGGAACAAGAACCCGCAGCCAAACCCGCCCCUGAUACCCCUGCAGCAGAUGCAGGCAGCUCAGGCUCCGGCUUCCACUUCCACAGCAUCACCAUCGUCUGCAGAACAGGCAUCCAAACAGCCCCGGUUCUACGCUCUCUUGCGUGCCUCCAUGGUCGUGCCAGAUACGGUCCAGAUUGCUACCGUCGAGGAAGAAACCACAGCCAUACGCCAGCGAUCUGUCUACGGGCCCCAACCGCGGCCGCGCUCCAGCAGACGCUCCCAGUGGCCCAGAGCAUCCUCUCGCUUGUUCACCGGAAGCUCCAUGACGGAUAUCACUGAUAAAGACGAGGCGGACCCUCAAACUGAUGUCGUUGUUGAGAGCCGGGCCUCGAUGUCUUGUCCUUCGCUUGUGCCUACCUCGAACCUCGCGUCUGCUUCCUCCACCACGCUCUCUACCCCCAAGACCAGCGGAGAGGACUACAAGUCGCAGUACCGCAAGACCAAAUCGUUUCCUCUCGAGGAGCCAAGUGGCACUACAACGCCAACUCAAUCCCAAGUCAAGGCAUCUGAUUCAGCUGCUGCUCCUACCCCUGAGGCACCUCCAGCUCCUACUUCUAAACCACCAGCUAAACCACCAUCCAUGUCUCGCACAGUGACAGCACCAGCAGACAUCCAACAGCCCCAAGCUCGCAAACUCAUCAAGCGAAACCCGUCUGCUCCCAAACCACGGCCAAAUUCCCGUGUCGCGCAGACCUCCCGCUCCAUGUCUCUGGUCGGUACUCCCCGCCUGCCUACCUCAGGGGCAUCCUCUCCUCCUCCCCUACCACGCGCAAUGUCAGUGCACAUUCCGUCUCCUGCCACGGCUCAGGGACAGGCAGCAGAUCGGUCCAAGAAGCCUCGUCUGACAUCCUUGUGGUCCGGUUUAUUCCGCCUGCGUGUAUCAAGUUGA